AGCUCGUCUCUCGCACCGUCUUUCUCUUCUUCGUUUCUUAUUUCUUGAACUUUUUUUUAUACCAAAACCUUUCAAAGCUCUGUAGAUGCUGCUUUAGAUCCAAAAUACUCAUCUAUUUAAUGCAGCUCUUAAUAAAAAAUCUGCUAUUUUUUUUUUUUUAGUUUCAGUAACGUGAUCCAUUUUGAGAGGAAAUGUUGGAGAUAACAUAGUUAGCAGAACUGAACUGACUUCCGAAGCAAUGGCCAACAACUUUACGGCUCUGCUGUGUCUUCUGUGCUGCCUGACUGUGACUCUGGCAGACAGUAAUGUGUCUUGCUACAGAAUUGAGCCGGGGACGAUAGCGGCCAUAAUCUUUGCAGAUUUGUUGCUGACUCUCAUCAUCGUGGUCGUAACCUACCGAUGUGCCAGUUUCCAGCGUAAGAAACUGGAUAAUGCUGACAAGGUUUACAUGAACGUUCGGGCCAACCUCAAGAACCCAAAUUAAAAAAGGUUUUAUCAAUCAUUAGCAGAGAGCGGUUGCACUCUGCUUUUCAAUGCAGCUAUAUUUAUCGCACCCUCCAUAAUUAUUGAUACUACAGUUCCAGACACCAGUUGUUGUCGUCGUUUUCAUUGCAGCUCGCAUCGAAGACAUGGACAAGUUCUGGCAAGCGGCUAUUUUCUUGGAGUUAUUUCCUGACUCAUGAAUAUUAAUACAUAUUCGGCCAUUUUAAAUUUUUCUCGUCUUUCCCAUGUCGAAUAGAAGUAGAGAGAAAUUUUAUUCAGUGUCACAUCAUGUCUGUACCUAAAGAAAACAGCCAAUUAAAAUGUUGUGAUACUCUGUCUAUGUAUAUAUAUAUUUUUAUAUAGAUAUAUAUAUAUAUAUAUAUAUAUAUAUAUA